GGUAAUCAGCAUUUUGUCAAUAGGGUGGGAUCAGUAGGGGAGGGAAUAGACUGGGCUGCCUUUGGUAUAAAUAGGUUCCUCCACUGAGCCUCACACCACAGUUGGAUACCUACAGACCUUCUCAGGUAAGUCUCCCUCACUCAGUUUUACUCUGUUAUAAAUAAACUUCAGUUUCCAAAUCAAGGUACUCACAGCUAAUCAGAGUGGUUUUAAUGACAUUUUAACCCGUAGAAACAUCUUUUGUUAUAAGUUUUAUAUAUUUUUUUAUUUUCAUUUUAUGGACUAAAAAUGUAUAAGUGCAUUUGUGUACUUUAUAUAUGUUGUAUUAUCCACUUUUACUUUGUAUAAAUUAGUUGUUUUUUUUUUUAACCUUUCUUUACAUUGGUUGUAAACAUUGCAGUUAAUAAAAACUAUAAAGAAAGAAAGAAAAAUCUCAAAAUGUAAGGAAACUGUCAAGAAUUUUUUUCCCCCUCCGUAAAUUUUUAUUCAUCUAAAAGUAAUGGUUCUGCAAAUUGCAAUUAGAAUUACAGAUAAAGUAUACGACAUAAUUCUUUAAUGGUAUAUGUGCACGAGGAGUUAAUCGUUUUGUCCGAGGGAUGAUUAGCAAAGGAUGUAUUUGCUACAUGUUAAGAGUUAAUGAGAGGAUGAUCUUUUCAUAUGAUUUUUUGUUUAUGUGCAAGAUUGUACCACCCAACAUCAAAGAAUAAAUGUUACGUUUCUAUCAGAUUGCUGUAAUAACAGAAAUACGAAAACAGAAAUUGUUUGUAUUUGUAAUAUUUUACAAAACCUAUACUAACUUUGGCACCCUAGAUGACUGUAAACUAUAUUUUUCUAUGAUGCACAGCCAACUUUCAUAUCUUAGGGGAGGGGUACCCAAAGGUAGAUCCCCAGAUGCUUCCAUGAUGCUUUGUCAUAGUAAAGGCAUUCCAAAAGCAUGCAAAGCAUCAAGGGAGCUGUGGUUCUACAACAUCGGGGGAUCUACCUUUUGGGCGCUCCUGCUUUAGGGGUUAACUGCAUGUCCAUGCAGCCUUAUUUUAUAAAAGUGACAAUUUCAAGAGAAAUCAGCAGUUUUAUAAGUUCCAUUGGUUUCCUGGCUCCUUCACGUUUUGUUUAAGGAUUGCUGUGAUUGUCCGGCACACACCUUGUAUCCCAAUACUUUUCUAUAAGAAGCAUCUGAUUGGCGACACGUCAUCAGUACUGGAGCAGUCCUGCGCUGUAAUAAAGAUGAGUUCAAUUGUUUUCUUAUCCUGUGUCUGCUUAAAUGGGGAGCCUGUAAUCUAAAGGAACACUCCAUUUAAAAAAACAAACAAACAUAUAUUUUUUUAAUUGGAGUGUGCCUUUCAUGUAUGUGUUCCAUUUACAUUGUAUUUACUCAGAGUGUUCACAUUUGCCUCCUAUAUGUUCUACCUGAUACACCAUACAGUCUUAUAAUACCGUGUUUAAUUACAGGCUUUGAAUUUGCUGCAUAUAAGAUUCAAACAUGAAAGUCCUGGCUUUGGUCGUCGUCAUUAUGGCCAUCAGCGGCAUGGAAGGUAAAAAGGCACCCUUUUGUUUAAAAAAAAAAAAAAAAAGUUUAAAGGAACGCUCCAAGUGCCAUAAUCCUUGCAGUCCUCUGUAUUAGUUAUAGUGUCAGUGAUGUUUUAGGGCCCUUCCAGUGUUAGAAUGGAGUGACAACUUACCUGGGGUCUGACUCCUUAUUGUGCUCCUGUUUCCAGGGACAGUUUGGCUACUUACCUUGAAGGGAACUCCUGGCACCAUAACCACUACAAGGAUCUGUAAAGAUUAUGAUCUUUAAAGUGUCCCUUAAAAAAAACUAAAAUCAUCAUCUUACACUGAUACUUUAUCUGUACAGCAGCCGCUUCUCCCACUAUGAGCCCAUCAAAUAUGAUGAUCUCUGGUCCAAUACAAUGCUAAACACCAAGGACCUAAUGUGUCAACUUCUGCAUGGAGAGUCUCUUUAAUGACAUCGGCUUUCUAUAGGAAAAUAUUAUUAGCACUGACUGUCUUGCUGAAACAUGGAUUUAAGCCCAUUAUUUUAUUUUUUUAAGUUUACUGCAUGAUAUCAUAAAUUAGAUAAAGUGAGUGGUCUCGAUUUCAUGUCAUACAACAAUGAAAAUAUAAAAGUAAACAAUAACGUCUCACAUAAAACAUCAUCGUUGUUACAACUAAUAUAUAGAUGUUUUUUAACAUUUUUUUUUUCCCCAUCUGCAGCUGGUUUGGUGAAGAGGGAAGCUCCAGCUAUCCCUAACCUAGACGAAAUUGCCGAACAAUUGAAAACCUUUGCAGAAACCUUCAAAGACAAAGUUCAGGAAUUUGUAUCCAAGAUCCAUAGCCCUGAGGUCCAAUCUCAAUACCAGUAAGUUUCAAAUUAAAUCAAAUGUUCCAUCUAAAAUGUAUGUCGAACCUUGUGGACCAAAGAAAGAGUUAGGAUUUAUCUUGUUAACUCCAAGAACCAUAACCACUACAGCUUAUUAUAUUAAUUAUGGCACCAAUCAGCUAUUUGUGCUGGCCAUUUCAAUCAGUUUGACAAAGAAAACAAGGAAAUCCCGUGCCCCUAAGGCUUCCCCUUACCUUGGGACAUCAAAAUGAGGAGAUGUGAUUAAUCGUUAGCCAUCCAAACUCUUGUACUUUAUAAGAACACACAUUAUUACAAGUACAAUUCUGGCUAUAUAAUUAUUCACAUGUGGUUUUGUACCAUGCCAUGGGGACACCAAAAUUAACAUAACCAUGAAGAGGGGAUAUAGAAAGUAAAACAGUUAUGAAUCACGGGAAGCAGAAUAAAGGCGCACACACCGUUACCAGUACAACUAGUUGUGCAAGUUAUGGUGCAUAGUUUGUCCCUUUAAUUAAACUAUUGCCAUUGUUUAUUGUAUUUGGUGUCUAUCUAAAAGGAUUACAUCAGAAGAGAAUUCUAAGUAUUGUGGUGUGGAGUGUUGAUUUCACUGCAAAUCUUUGGGUUCUAUGUUUUUCAUCCAAUCACAAAUCAGACUUUCUCAGGAGAAGCUGAUUCCACAGAUGUAACACACAUACACGUAUUUUAUAUUAAUUAUCAGUAUAAUUAAAAGAAGGAAUUCAAAAUGCCCCUUUAAGAAUGAAACGGAUAAUCGGAUGGAUCUGAUAAGAUCUACAAAUGCUUAUACAUAGACCAGUGAUGUACCUCGACAUUGCAACCUAAAGGGAUUGCUGAGAAUUAUGGGAAAUAUAGUUCAGAGACAUCUGCAUGACCAAGGUUACCCAUGAAAGAAACAUAACCAAUUUAUAACAAUGAUUUCUUUGUUCCUUACAGACAAUACCUGGAACAAUCAAGAGCCCAUGUGGAACCUGUCAAAGCCCAGGUGGAAAAUUGGUUUACUGAAUUACUUGCCAAAAUCAAAAAUAGUGCUUAAACUGUAUCCAGUAUCCAGAAAUGAUCCUUUGACUUCUCAAAAACCUCUAGAAUAAUUUUACAUCAAAGUUCUCUUUCCUUAACUGUAUUUCUGUUUAUCUAUUCUUUGUUGUGAUUACAUUUUUGUAUAACAAACUUGGACAUUGGCUUCUUUUUUCAUUUGUAAUCUUGCAUGCUCGUAUCUGAGUCCUGUACCAGUCUUGAAAGUUCACGCAAAUGCAUGUUGGUCUUCACAUAUAAAAU